GUCAUUCAUAAAUAAGAAGUGUCCGAAUUCAACCCCGCACAUGCUCCCGCAAUGUGACUUCUGUCUUCAUUCUGCUCUUUUCACCCGCCCUCACUUGACCGUCUCCCAUAAUCAUGCAAGUAAAAGGAAAUAAUGGCCUAAAGGCCCUUAUCGAGAAGUACCGACCAGACCUAAAGACAUUUGAAGAGGUCUAUCGCCAGUUGCACAGCUCCCCCGAGCUAGCCUUUCAAGAAGAGAACACAUCGGCUAUUGCUGCAGAUCAUCUCAAAAAGUUGGGGUUUGAGGUUCACACACACAUUGGUGGAUAUGGAGUUGCCGGCAUUCUCCAUAAUGGCGAUGGGCCAACCGUUCUGCUGCGAGCCGACAUGGAUGCGCUACCUCUAGAGGAAAAGACUGGCUUGCCGUACGCUAGCAACAAAAUCGUCAAAGAUAAAGACGGAGUGGAAAGACCGGCAAUGCAUGCCUGUGGUCACGAUACACACGUCGCGAGUCUCAUGGCGAGUGCUGAACUUUUACAUUCCGCCCGGGAUCACUGGUCCGGUACCUUGAUCUGCAUUUUCCAACCGGCAGAGGAGCUACUGUCCGGCGCAAAAGCGAUGAUCGAAGAUGGGCUGUACGAGAAGAUCCCCAAACCAGACGUUGUCCUGUCGCAGCACGUCAUGAAGAUGAAAACUGGCACAGUCAGUAUUCGUUCAGGUCGGCUGCUCACGGCUGCUGAUUCGUUCGAUGUGCGCAUCUAUGGGCGCGGUGGACACGGCUCGGCUCCUCAGACAUGCAUCGAUCCCAUCGUUAUCGGUGCAACAAUUGUAACGCGUCUGCAAAGUAUCGUCAGCCGCGAAGUGAUGCCAGGUGAACUGGCUGUUGUCAGUGUUGGAAGCAUCCAAGCCGGCCAUGUAGCGAACAUUAUCCCCGAUCAGCUGGAUCUCAAGCUUAAUGUUCGGACAUACGAUCCCAAGGUCCGCGACCGCGUUAUAUCCUCCGUGAAGAGAAUUAUCGAAGCAGAAUGUUUAGCAGGAGGUGCCGUCGAGAAACCUCUUGUUAAGCAGAUACUUUCUGCUCCCGCGACUAUCAACGAUGAGGCUACGGUCAAGGCUCUCCAAAAUACAUUUAGAUCAUAUUUCGGAGAAAACCUGGUGGAAUCAGAUCCAGCGACUGCAAGUGAAGACUUCUCUCUUCUUGCGACGGCGGUAGGAGCACCGUAUGUGAUGUGGACAUAUGGUGGAGUUGACCCUAAAACAUGGGAUGAUGCUGUGGAGCAGGGUACCACUGAUCAGCUACCUAGUAAUCACUCCCCAUAUUUUGCUCCGGUGAUUCAACCGACUCUUGGUACUGCAAUUGAUGGGAUCGCUCUUGGAGCACUGACUUUCCUGAAGAGGAACUAAGAGUAUGGCAAUGCCACACUGAAAGCAAAUCAGUGCAGGUUACACGAUGAUUGCGGCUGUUACUUCUAGAUUUGAGCGCUUUUUUUUAUUCUCCUGUAUAUAGUCGCUGCAAUGUCCUUCCAAGGCUGUUGAACCGCCAAUUACCGGCUUGUCUAAGAAGCCAUCAGUUCCAACAACUCGUCCAAAAGCCCUACUCUAGAAGCAAGACAGGCAUAUCCUGCAUCCAAGAAAUCUGUCAUUAUAUAGAACUAACUUUUUAAAUAUGAAUCUUAA